GCUAGCUUUCUCCUGCUGGUGUCGAGGCUAGCUAAGGGGGAGAAACGGUGGGAGAAGGGCAGAAAGCGUGGGGUAAAAACACAGAUUAAACUCGGUUAACACCUGGCAGUGUUGAAGAAAGGUACCGAACAGGCAUCACCAGCAGCUUGGUGACAUCUCUCCCGCGGCUCUCACCACCUCCCACCUACCAUAUCUCAGUUACCUGGUGCCUCUGUCCCAUGAUUUGAUAAAAUUUGUGUUAAAGCAGAAACUAAAAGUUAAUUGACACCAGCAAAUUAAAAUCUGACACGUAUCGGCUACCAAAGGCAACAUCUUGUUUAGUUUUGCACCUUAGAUCGGUAUUUUUUGUGCAACCACUGAAGCCCCCAUUUUUAAAGACUUAGUCGCUCAUCUGAUCAGGCCAAUCUCUGUAAACUCUGUAGACUCCAAGAAAGCACCACCAUGGCCUCUGUGACCCACUCCUCUGAACCAGAGAUCCUAGACAACCACAAAGAGAGCUGGCUGGCUCUACUUUCAGCUGCGGAGGCCUAUUGCCAGAAGUCUGGCUGUGAUCUGGCCAUUCUCACAGCCUGUAAGAAGUUCCGGCCGACGGAAGGCGAGGGAGGGAAGAAGCGGGAGAGCGGCACCGGCUUCCCGAAGGAGUGCGAUUUCUCCUACAGUGUGUGGGGUCAGGGCUUCCUGGCCGAGUCGGCGCGCCGCUACAUGGACGACAUCGGCGUGCUGCACUCCACGUCCAUGCUGACGGCCCAGAAGCACACGCGGCAAACCGGCGGAGAGCAACGAACCAAGAUGUUGGUUGAUUUGACCUCUGAAACCGGAUACAGAGGGAGCUUCACCGGCGACGGCGUGGUGAGCGGAGUCAGUCCCAACAGCAGACUGUAUUCCCAGAGCUACCCGUCCAUCUACAGCCCGGACGACACAAGCCAGCAGGGCAUCGGGCAGAACGGCAACGCGGAGAGGGAACGGGAGAGGAGCGCUCUGGAGGUGGAGCGGGAGAGACAGCGGGCUGGGAUCGUAGAUCUGUUAGAGGAGGGGGAGGAGGUGGAAGAGGAGGAAGACAUGGAUGAGAGGCGGCCGUACGGAAACGAAAGCGCAGGUGUUUUCUCCAUGGACGAGGACUCUAUUUCCAGGGACUGUGAGCCGUUCUUUGAGUCCGACGGAGAGGAAGAGAGCACUGAUGGCUCGCUGAGCGAGGACGCCCCCCCACCACCGCGCGGCCUGGCCAUGGGGCAGCACGCUUUCUCGUCCCGCCAUGCCCACCCCACGGCCCUGGCCCGCUCGCUGCCCGUGUCCGUCCCAGUGUGGGGCUGCAAGAGCAGCAGAGCCGCUCUGGGCGACAGCAACAGCGGAGAACGGCCGGGCUGCGCCGACCUGGAGCACAUCGCUGCAAGUAUGAAGGCCCUGCUGGUCCCUGGAGCCACCGACGGGACGGAGAUGUUCGGGGCCCUGCCACGGCCCCGGCUCAACACUGGGGACUUCUCUGUCAAGCACUGAGAGGGGGGAGGGGAAAACCUGGAACGUGUGAAUCGGUGUAAAAGCUCCAAUCUAUGUUUAUCGUUUCAGCCACUAAGAAUAUCUGCAAACUCACAGGGUUAAAACAGUCGUGCAGAAAUGCCACGAACACUAAGAACAUCUUCAACACUACUACUAUUGCUCCCCCCACCACCACCACAAUAACAACACUUGGUUCAGACCGGUCUUGCGGUCAGGAGCAUACUGAGCCAUAGCGCCGCACAGGCAUGGGGGUCAUUUCUGUGAGCGGUUUGGCCAAAUAACCUGGAAGGGAUGAGAUCUUUGAUGCAAACCCAUCAGUAAACGAGUUAAAUAAGCCACUAUUAGACAAAAUCCUGCUUUAAUUCUGAGAAAUGUGGGAAAAUCUGGUUAGAAAUACUGAUUUAAAAAAAAUAAAAAGAUUCUUUUUGAUUUGCUUCACGGAGUCCUGCUCCUUCGUGACCCUUUUCCAGCAUUAUCACAAGACUAGUUGCAUCACAUUUGUACUGAAGUCUUGCUACGCUCCUAAAGCUAUGUUUCAAAAAUGCGUAGCUCUACAAAGAGCACAGCUCACCUCAACUCAUUUAGGGGUAAAGAUGCGUUAGAUGAUGUCUCUAACACUAAAAAAAACUCAGAAAUUGUAGGAUUACCUUAAAAAAUGACGGCUUCCAAAAACUCUUCAAAGUGCUGCUUUUGCAUUUAUGUAUGUGCUUACUUUAACAGUAAAUAUGUAAUUGCUAAGCUUUAGGCAUGUGUCGAAGAGAGAACACUAAAGAGGGGUUUAAUAGUGUUUGUCAGUAUUGUUUUUAACCCUGGUCCUGCUGCUUGAUUCAAUAAAUGGAGCGCUGAUCGUUCAGCAUAACUAUGUUAAAAUGGGGGAUUUGAAUAGGUGGGAGAUCUGCAGUAACUUAAGCUUCAUGUUUUCAAAUCUCAGAUCAUCUUUGUGCUAUCGGUACAAUCAGGGUGCAAUCUAGAAUGUGUUGCAGUAUCUUGAAAGUAGCAAAUCUUGAAAACAGCAAAUGCAGCCAAGUUUAAAAAAAUAAUUUCAAGCUCAUGGAACCAAUAGUAUAAUAAAACAUCAGUAAAGCCACCAUUUUUAUAAAAAAAAAA